CACCCCGCAGGGCCCCCCUCUGGACGUGCCUUCUCCUGUGCGCCGCGCUCCGGACCCUCCUGGCCAGCCCCAGCAACGAAGUGAAUUUAUUGGAUUCACGCACUGUCAUGGGGGACCUAGGAUGGAUUGCUUUUCCAAAAAAUGGGUGGGAAGAGAUUGGUGAAGUUGAUGAAAAUUAUGCCCCUAUCCACACAUACCAAGUAUGCAAAGUUAUGGAGCAGAAUCAGAAUAACUGGCUUUUGACCAGUUGGAUCUCCAACGAAGGUGCUUCCAGAAUCUUCAUAGAACUCAAAUUUACUCUGCGGGACUGCAACAGCCUUCCUGGAGGACUGGGGACCUGUAAAGAAACUUUUAAUAUGUAUUACUUUGAGUCAGAUGAUGAGAAUGGGAGAAACAUCAAGGAAAACCAGUACAUCAAAAUUGAUACCAUUGCUGCUGAUGAGAGCUUUACAGAACUUGAUCUUGGUGACCGUGUCAUGAAACUAAAUACAGAGGUCAGAGAUGUAGGACCUCUAAGCAAAAAGGGAUUUUAUCUUGCUUUUCAAGAUGUGGGUGCUUGCAUUGCUCUGGUUUCUGUGCGUGUGUACUAUAAAAAAUGCCCUUCUGUGGUACGACACUUGGCUGUUUUUCCUGACACCAUCACUGGAGCUGAUUCUUCCCAGUUACUCGAAGUGUCAGGUUCCUGUGUCAACCAUUCUGUGACAGAUGAACCACCCAAAAUGCACUGCAGUGCUGAAGGGGAGUGGCUGGUACCCAUCGGGAAAUGCAUGUGCAAGGCAGGAUAUGAAGAGAAAAAUGGCACCUGUCAAGGACCCCCCUCCGCUCCUCGGAAUGCCAUCUCAAAUGUUAAUGAAACUAGUGUCUUUCUGGAAUGGAUUCCGCCUGCUGACACUGGUGGAAGGAAAGAUGUGUCAUAUUAUAUUGCAUGCAAGAAGUGCAACUCCCAUGCAGGGGUGUGUGAGGAGUGUGGCGGUCAUGUCAGGUACCUCCCCCGGCAAAGCGGCUUGAAAAACACCUCUGUCAUGAUGGUGGAUCUGCUUGCUCACACAAACUAUACCUUUGAGAUUGAGGCAGUGAAUGGAGUGUCCGACUUGAGCCCAGGAGCCCGGCAGUAUGUGUCUGUAAAUGUAACCACAAAUCAAGCAGCCCCCUCUCCUGUCACCAAUGUGAAAAAGGGGAAGAUUGGGAAAAAUAGCAUCUCUUUGUCUUGGCAAGAGCCAGAUCGCCCCAAUGGAAUCAUCCUGGAGUAUGAAAUCAAAUAUUUUGAAAAGGACCAAGAGACCAGCUACACAAUUAUCAAAUCUAAGGAGACGACUAUUACCGCAGAGGGCUUGAAACCAGCUUCAGUGUAUGUCUUCCAAAUUCGAGCACGUACAGCAGCAGGCUAUGGUGUCUUCAGUCGAAGAUUUGAGUUUGAAACCAUCCCAGUGUCAGUUGCAGCAUCCAGCGAUCAAAGCCAGAUUCCUAUAAUUGCUGUGUCUGUGACAGUGGGAGUCAUUUUGUUGGCAGUGGUUAUCGGCUUCCUCCUCAGUGGAAGGCGGUGUGGCUACAGCAAAGCAAAGCAAGAUCCAGAAGAGGAAAAGAUGCAUUUUCAUAAUGGGCACAUUAAACUGCCAGGAGUAAGAACUUACAUCGAUCCACAUACCUAUGAGGAUCCCAAUCAAGCUGUCCAUGAAUUUGCCAAGGAGAUAGAAGCUUCAUGCAUCACCAUUGAAAGAGUUAUUGGAGCAGGUGAAUUUGGUGAAGUUUGUAGUGGAUGUUUGAAAUUACCAGGAAAAAGAGAAUUACCUGUGGCUAUCAAAACCCUUAAAGUAGGCUAUACUGAGAAGCAACGCAGAGAUUUCCUGGGUGAAGCAAGUAUCAUGGGGCAGUUUGAUCAUCCUAACAUAAUCCAUUUAGAAGGCGUUGUGACCAAAAGUAAACCAGUGAUGAUAGUGACAGAAUAUAUGGAGAAUGGCUCUUUAGAUACAUUUUUAAAGAAAAACGAUGGGCAGUUCACUGUGAUUCAGCUCGUUGGCAUGCUGAGAGGCAUCGCGGCAGGAAUGAAGUACCUUUCCGACAUGGGCUAUGUGCAUAGAGACCUUGCUGCUAGAAACAUCUUAAUCAACAGUAACCUUGUGUGCAAAGUGUCUGACUUUGGACUUUCGAGGGUACUGGAAGAUGAUCCUGAGGCAGCUUAUACCACAAGGGGAGGCAAAAUUCCAAUCAGAUGGACUGCCCCAGAAGCAAUAGCUUUCCGAAAGUUUACCUCUGCCAGCGAUGUCUGGAGUUACGGAAUAGUAAUGUGGGAAGUUGUGUCUUACGGAGAGAGACCCUACUGGGAGAUGACCAAUCAAGAUGUGAUUAAAGCAGUAGAGGAAGGCUACCGUCUGCCGAGCCCCAUGGACUGUCCUGCUGCUCUCUACCAAUUAAUGCUGGAUUGCUGGCAGAAAGACCGAAAUAGCAGGCCCAAGUUUGAUGAAAUAGUCAACAUGCUGGACAAGCUGAUACGUAACCCAAGUAGUUUGAAGACCCUGGUUAAUGCUUCAUGCAGAGUAUCUAAUUUAUUGGCAGAACAUAGCCCACUAGGAUCUGGGGCCUACAGAUCAGUAGGUGAAUGGCUAGAAGCAAUCAAGAUGGGCCGGUAUACAGAGAUUUUCAUGGAAAAUGGAUACAGUUCAAUGGACGCUGUGGCUCAGGUGACCUUGGAGGAUUUGAGACGGCUCGGAGUGACUCUUGUCGGUCACCAGAAGAAGAUCAUGAACAGCCUUCAAGAAAUGAAGGUGCAGCUGGUAAAUGGGAUGGUGCCAUUGUAACUUCAUGUUAAUGUCACUUCCUCAAGCGAACAAUUCUGCACUUUGUAAACAGCCCUGAGAUUUAUCUUAACAAAAAAGGAGAAAAGGGAAAACAGUGAUUUCUAAACAUUAGGAGAGCAUUUGUCUCAGCUACAGAAUUUGUAAUCAUUGUUUUACUAAAAUCUUCAUAUCUUCCUCCCAGUGUCUUCAUGUUUCAUGAAGCAAAUAUACCUACAUUAAAAAAAAAACAUGAAGUUCAACAUCAUCUUACAACAACAAAAUGCUUCUUGCUACUUCUAUAAAAUUUUGUACAUGAAAUAUAUAAAUACAUAGCACCUUUAUAGACUGAAUUAAGGUAGCCUCUUUCAAAACUUCCAGGGAUCUACUUGAAAGGAAAAGUUUUAUAGCCAUUUGUGGGCUAACAAAAGCUGCAGCUUACUGAAGUUUACUUCAAGUCUUAAUUGUCUACAUAAGUGUAUUGAAGAGCAAUAUGAUUAGAUUAUUUCUUCAUAGGUAUCUUUUUUUGUAAUUUUAAAAGGCUGUUACACAGCGUUAAGUUAUAGAAUCUAGUGUAUAAACAUGUUGCUUGAUCAAGAACAAGUACAAUACAGGGUGUAUAUUUAUUUUUCUGUGUUAUAAAAUUUGUUUAGUUGCUCUUCUGGAGACUAUUGGGUAACAAAUAUGUAUAUAUUGUAUAAGUUGCAAUAUAUCCAGGAACUGAUUUAAGUUGGAGUUGUGUGUGUGUGUGUGUGUGUGUGUGUGUAUGUGUGUGCUUGCACAUGUGUGUAUUACCAUUCUGCUUGCAUUUUAAUAGCAUUUUAAUUUUAGCAACAUAUAGGAAUGACUGUUUCAGAGUGUAAUAUGAGUAGGAGAAAUAGGGAAGCAGUAAAACAAAAUUUAACACAAGCAUGUGUCUCUUUUCCUCUCAUGUGUCCAAAAGCUACUAAUCUCUUUGUUCACUAACAGGAAAUGUGUAUAAGAUUAAAUCCCCUUUGACUUUUUAAAAACACUUUGUGAUGUCUGUGACAAUACUGUUCUUCUAGCCAUUAAUCUUGCACCCCUGUAGGAAAUUUCACCUUUCUGAGUCCCAGAAAAUAUUGUCAAGCAAAUUUGACACCAAAGGGCACAUCUUCACCAGGAUGUAGGAGGAUUUAACUGUGCAGACUGUGCAGACGUCUGUUAAUAUCGUUAAAUCCAGGCACAUAGCACUAAGCAUCACUCUUAAGUGUUAAUAUUUUAUAACCAUUCCUAUUUUGACUCAGUUCUAGAAAUUUUGAUACUAAGGCAGCAAUGGAAUGAUGAUAUAUACAUAUAUACAUAUAUAUAUAUGCACAUACUUUUUUCCUCCUGAAUUUCAAGACUUGACGAGUUUUGUUAAUUUGAUAAUUUGAUAAUCAUCUGGUAAUUUCGUUUUAUAUUCAGUUAUUUUGCAUUGAAUUUAUUUUGA